GCCGAACCAAUGUCCAAAAAAAAAAAAAUCGCCGCUCCUGCGCGUCUUAUCCCCGCCGGAGACGCUCCUCCUGCGCCCCACCCCACACCACACCACGCGACCUUCCCUCCUUUCCACCGCUCAGGGAGCCAAACCUGUCGCCGCCUCGCCACCUUCCGCUCCUUUCCGCUCCGGCCGCGCAAUCCACUCAGGCGCUAUCGGCUGGGCUCGCCAUUGGAUCCCCCCUACUCCGCCAACUCCUCCGAUGGCGCCGCAGCUGCAGUGCUGCUAUUGGAUGUCCUCCAGGCCACGGGUCCAGCAGCCGCCCCCGUGGCCGCACUCCUCCGACUCGUUGCGGUGGCGGCGGCUCCUACGCCUCGUGCCGGCGCGACGGCCCUGCAACGUCGCGGUCUGCGUGGUCGUCGCGGGCGCGGACCCGGCACUGGCGCUGGACGGCGGCGCGGACUCGGCGGGGAUCGAGUUCCUGACGGAGGAGCAGGAAGACGUGGACGAGAGGGAGAGGCUCAGGCGGAUGCGAAUAUCGCAGGCGAACAAGGGUAACACGCCGUGGAACAAGGGCAGGAAGCACAGCCCAGAGACGCUUCAGCGAAUUCGCGAGAGAACCAGGAUUGCGAUGCAGGACCCCAAGGUUAAGAAAAAGCUGAUGAAUCUGGGGCAUGCACAGAGUGAGGAGACACGAGUAAAGAUAUCAGAGGGGGUGAGGCGAGGCUGGAGUUUGCGUCUGCAGAGAUUAAUGGUGCAGGAUGGCUGCUUUGUGGAGUGGAGAGACAUGGUAGCUGAUGCAGCUAGAGAAGGCUUUGCUGGUGGGGUUAGCCUCCAAUGGAAUUCAUAUAAAAUCUUGACUGACCAAAUGCGGCAAGAGUGGUUGGGGUAUCACCAAAAAAGGAGAUCAAUGCCAAGGCCAAGAGGUAACAGACGAGCACCAAAAACUCCUGAGCAGAGGAGAAAAAUUGCAGAAGCUAUUGCUGCAAAGUGGUUGGAUCAAGAAUAUCGUGAACGUGUAUGUAGUGGAAUUGCUAGCUACCAUGGAUCAUGUACUGGCACUAAAACACCAAGAAAGCCAAGGCCUGCUGAAGAACCAGGUGUAAAGAGAGAGCCUACGAAAAAGAAAUUUAUGCAAGAUAGAGCUGUAGGCUUAGAGGAUGCUCAUGGAAAAGUGGCAACUGUUAAGAAAAAGAAAAGUGCAACUCCCUACAAAGAUCCGAUGGCAGGUGAAAAAUUGGCGAUGUUAUCAAAGAUUCGAGCUCAAAGGGUAGCACUAGCAAUAGAAAAGGAAGAAGCUAUUAAAAGGGCCAGGUCACUGAUUGCAGAAGCAGAAAAGGCUGCUGAUGCCCUGGAAACUGCUGCAGCAAUGAGCCCUUUUGCGCAAGCAUCACUUAUAGAAGCUAGAAAGCUUGUUACAGAGGCAAGAGUAUCACUUGAAUGUGUUGAUCAUGAAUGGUCUCCAAAAAAUGCUUCUGAUGAUAUUUCAGAGGACUCAGGUUUAUUGGACUCUGACCACAGACUGGAGAAACAGAAUGAAAACAAUGUGCUGUACCAAGACAAUAAACCUGUAAAUGGGAUAAAGUUUCCUUCAAGUAAUGGUAAAGGCAUUGGUUUCCAUUUUGAUGUAUCUGCAUUCGCCGGAAUAAAACAACUCUAUCAGAGAAUAGAGAAUUCCAUGGAAAGAGCUUUUCUUCUUCCUGCAGCUUCAUCAAAGCAAGCUGUGAAUGGAGAUUUCAGAAUAAUAGAUUUUCAAGUUAGGCAAUCAAUGGUCGAUGAUAUGGCAAACAAUGAUGAUUGCAUAGCAGCUGAAUCAACUGAUCUUCCAGGGACACUGGGAGAGGAUGCUCCCAGGUCUGCAGAAAAUUCUGAAACAAGAGAAGAUUGUUUUCCGGGGACACUGGAAGAAGACACAACUUCAUCUGAUGAAAAGGCUACGAUGAGAUGGGUACGCGGAAGGCUGGUUAAAGUAGAAAAAUGAAUCUGAUGAUGCUGAAAUCUAGUCGUACCUGACAAAUAUGGCUAUGAUACAACUGCUUGGCAAUUGAGUUUGCAGGGUUCCAUUUUGUAUGCUAUUCAUAUGCUGAAAUUGGAUUCCUCUGCUCCAAAUUAAGAAAAGAUGCAUUGCGAAUCAUGUAAAUUACUGGGUUGGCCGGAUUGAUGUACAGGCAUCUGAAUUUCUUCGUUCUUUGUUAGACUUGGUGAAUAUCUUUCCGUGGGAGCUACUGUGAUUGACAGGAUAAUUUGGAGAUCAUCCUGUGCUAUGGACACCGUGCCAUCAUGGUUUACCUACCUGGAUGAAUUGACAGGCCGUUUGGGCAGUUUGGGCGCCAACAAAGCACUCAGUGCCCUGAUUAGCGAAUCAAUAUGUAUGCCAAAUAAUCCUAAAGAUGUUGGUGCUUGGGCCUUUCAGAGAUUGGGUUCAAUUCAUUAUGGGUCUGAAGAUUGCGGGGCCUCAAUGGGCCUGGUGCUUGGGCCUUUCAGAGCUUGGGUUCAA